AUGUGCGAAUACACACGCAACUACUACGUCUACUCGAACUGUACGGACCCAGCCAUGCACUUCACUAGAACCUCGACGGAAGGGAAUGCAAAGAAGAAAUGCGCCAAAGCACCUCACGAGCGUUUCAUUGUGGUCUCGGGGUCGCAAUCACCACCAUUCAGGAAAGAGGGUGCCGGCGACGUCGAGGCCUGA